AUGACUAGCAGGCGUGUGGUAGUCACUGGUUUAGGAUUAGUGACUCCUCUUGGUGUUGGAGUUCGUCAAAACUGGUCCAAGCUAAUUGCAGGUUCUAGUGGACUGGUGUCAACAGAUGACGUUCCUAAUCCAGCCGAAUACAAAGAUUUGCCAAGUAGGGUGGUUGGAAAAGUUCCGAUCGGUUCAGAGAGUGAAGGAAAGUGGGAUGCUGAAGCAUUUGCAUCUAGAUGGAGCAAUAUACGUCGGUUAUCACCUUUUAUACAAUACGCUCUAAAAGGCGCUGAAGAGGCCCUACAAGACGCUCAAUGGCAAUGCUUUACUGAGACAGAUUUUGAAGAUACUGGUGUUUGCAUUGGUUCAGGAAUUGGAGGACUACAGGAUAUGUACGAUAAUGCAGUGGGCUUUCAUUCAAAAGGCCAUAGAAAGAUGCAACCUCUUUUCAUUCCCAGAAUGCUAGCGAACAUGGCUGCUGGUAACAUUUCCAUUCAAUACGGAUUUAAAGGGCCAAAUCACAGCGUUUCUACAGCCUGUGCCACUGGAAACCAUGCAAUAGGCGAUGCAUCAAGGUUUAUUAAAGAUGGUUAUUGUGAUGUUAUGGUAGCUGGGGGGACUGAUGCCUCAAUUACUCCAUUUGCGUUAUCUGCGUUUGGUAGAGCCAAAUCCCUUUCCACAGCAUUUAAUGAUGACCCCACAAAAGCAUCCAGACCUUUUGAUGGAGGAAGAGGUGGCUUUGUCAUGGGAGAGGGUGCGGGAAUUUUGGUUCUAGAAGAGUUGCAACAUGCGCUGGAUAGAAAUGCUAAGAUUUACUGUGAAAUAGCAGGUUACGGUCUAACUGGAGACGCUCAUCAUAUAACCUCACCCCCAGAAGACGGAAACGGUGCCCUAAGAGCCAUGAGGUUUGCCAUUACACAGGCAGGGCUUGUUCCCAAUGAUAUUGGUUAUAUAAAUGCGCAUGCAACAUCCACCUUAUUAGGAGAUAGAGCUGAAAAUUCGGCCAUUAACGCACUGUUUCAGAAGAGUAACCCCCAAUUAGCAGUGUCAAGUACCAAAGGUGCCAUUGGACAUCUUCUAGGGGCAGCAGGAGCUGUAGAGUCCAUUUUCACUGUCUUGGCCCUAUCAGAAAACAUUCUACCGCCCACAUUGAAUUGUGAAUCACCAGGAGGUGCAGAGUCAGACUCCAAAUCCGAGUUCAUUUUCAACUACGUCCAGAAUCAAAGUCAAAUACUAAACAAGGAGAACAAGUUGAAGGCAGCAAUCAAUAAUAGUUUUGGAUUCGGGGGUACUAAUGCUUCAUUAUUAUUCAAGAUCUAUGAAUGA